AUGAAAAAUGGAAAAUUUGAUGAAGGAGAAGCGACUCUUCGAUUGAAAUUGACUCUUGAAGAGGGAAAGAUUGAUCCAGUUGCUUAUCGUAUCAAAUAUGUUUCUCAUCAUCGUUCGGGUGAUAAAUGGUGCAUUUAUCCAACGUACGACUAUACUCAUUGCCUAUGUGAUUCCAUUGAGAACAUUACUCAUUCACUUUGCACCAAGGAAUUCCAAUCGAGAAGAAGCAGUUAUUACUGGCUUUGUAACGCUCUGGAUAUCUAUUGUCCUGUCCAAUGGGAGUACGGUCGAUUGAAUGUUAAUUAUACCGUAGUUUCAAAGAGAAAGAUUUUGAAGUUGAUUACUACAAAGACUGUCAAUGAUUGGGAUGAUCCGCGGCUUUUCACAUUGACCGCUCUCAGACGCCGCGGAAUUCCACCAGAGGCCAUCAACCGAUUUGUGGCUAAGCUUGGACUUACCAUGUCGCAAAUGGUUAUUGAUCCUCAUGUGCUCGAUGCUACAGUCCGAGAUUAUCUCAACGUUCAUGCUCCUCGUACCAUGGCCGUGCUUGAUGGGCUUAAGCUGACGAUUGAGAAUUUCGACGAGUUGAAACUUGGUUCGGAAAUCGAAGUUCCGGACUUCCCAGACGCGGAAAAUAAGAAAACGCACAAAAUUGCAGUUGAUAAGGAAAUAUUUAUUGAAAAGACUGACUAUCGAUCGGACGAUAAGGAUAAGUCAUUCCGAAGAUUGACUCCGAACCAAACUGUUGGAUUGAAGCACAUUGGAUUAGUUCUCACAGUUGUCAAGGAAAUCAAGGAUAAGGAUGGUCACGUACAAGAGCUUAUUGUUCACGGAAGUCCACUUUCUGAUGCUGAAAAACCAAAAGCAUUUAUUCAUUGGGUUGCGAAACCAGUCUCCGCUGAAGUCAGACUUUAUGAACGACUAUUCAAAAGCAAGAACCCUGAAGAUGCCACGGCGGUACCAGGAGGAUUCCUCAAUGACAUCAAUCCCGAUUCGCUGACUGUUCUCUACAAUUCGCUAGUUGACAAAUCAAUUGCCAAUUCGAAGGUUUACGAUAGAUAUCAAUUCGAACGAAUUGGGUAUUUCUCAGUUGAUCCUGAUGCGGUUCCUGGAAAACUCGUCUUCAACAGAACAGUGCUUCUUAAAGAUGGUGGUGCUAAAAAUUAG